AGGUGUGUUUUAUAGUGCUAUGCAGAGCAGAACUGGAUAGGCUGUGAGAGGGAGGAGGGUGAGAGAGGGAAGUUACAGUGCUCUGUUAUUGCUCUCUACCAUUCCCUCCCUGACCUGACGAACUCAAAGCAAAGAGAGAGAAAGAGAACAGAGCUUGGGAUGACUCUUGGCACCAGUCAGUAGCAAGCACAAGCGGACACCACAAGAGGACCACACCAGCCAGGAUAUUAGUGGAUACUCUACGGCCUUACUGUUUUUAUAGGACUACCCUUGGCGUUACAACAAAUUGCUUAAACCUGGGGGCAACACAACAACAGGAAGAAGAUGAGGUCCAAAAGCAGCGGGGUGGAAACCCCAGCCAGUGGUGGGCUUGGGGUUCCACAGGGCGACCCUGACAUCAAGCAAGAACAGGAGGUGGGUCUGUCUAUGAAGUGCCUCAAGGCCAAAGUUCAGCAGACAGAGGGUGAGGAUAAAAUGGAGGUUGAGGUGAUCUCUGACAAACAGCAGCUGAUUUUGGAUUCCACCAAGGCGGGGGAAACGAGAGGGGACUUCAUGGAUCUGUCUAAAGAGGAUCUGCUGAAACUACUGGGAAUUAUGGAGGGAGAGGUUCAGGCCAGAGAAGAUGUUAUCUGCAUGAUGAAGUCCAAACAGAGUUUCCCAGAGGCCCUUGAAUCACGCUAUGGCUCUGCGGUCCCUGGCUCAGCCCUCCAGGCCCUGCAGAGGGACGGUCUCGCUACUGGCACCAAGCUGCAAGACCACAGUGUCUACCAAAAGCCUAUGGUUGAGCUGGAGCGCCUCCAGGAGAAGCACAAAGAAACAUACAGGAGGAUGCUCGGGCAGCUGCUGCUCGCUGAGAAGUGCCACCGUCGCACCGUCCAUGAGUUGGACACAGAGAAACGCAAACAUGCAGACUACAUGAACAAAAGUGACGACUUCACCAACCUCCUGGAGCAAGAGAGAGAAAGACUCAAGAGACUACUUGAGACUGAGAAAGCCUACCAGGUAAAAAAGGAGAAGGAACACACUAAACGUCUGGCCAAGGUGAGAGAGGAGCUGGUAAAGUUGAAGUCUUUUGCCUUGAUGCUGGUCAAUGAGCGCCAACAGCACCUGGAGCAAAUGGACCAACAGUGCCAGCGGGUCCAGGAACUCAGCCAGCAGCUCCAGCAGCGUGAGCAGGCACUGAGUGAAGCCAGGGAGCGUGCUCAGGAGGAUGGCCACCGGGUACUGAGCCUGGAGGCUGAGCUUAAAGAGAAAUCCGCCAAACUCACCCAACAACAUGAGGAGAUGAGCGCUAAGCUGGCCAGUCAGGAAGCAACCAAUCGACAACUCAACACCAAAAUUAUAGGGCUUACACAUAAAGUGGAGGAGCUAGAAGAACAGAACUGCACCUUGAGGAAAUGUGAGGAGGAAAUGCAAGAAUUGAGGGAAAAGAUUGGCAGAGGGGAAAGUGGCAACUCCAACUUGAUUGCUGAACUGGAGAACUUGAGGAAGAAGGUGCUGGAGAUGGAAGGAAAGGAUGAAGAGAUUACUAAGACUGAAAAUCAAUGCAAGGAGCUAAGAAAGAGACUACAAGAAGAGGAUAAUAAAAGUAAAGACCUCAGGCAGGAGGUAGAGAAGCUCCAGAAAAGAAUGAUGGAGUUAGAGAAACUUGAGGAAGCCUUCAGUCUGAGCAAGGCUGAAUGUGCACAGUUACAUACUGCCCUUGAAAGAGAGAAGGGCCUCACCAAAGAGCUCUCAGAUGAAGUUGUAGCCCUCCGGAUCCGCAUGAAAGAGCUUGAAUCUUCUGAGCUCAAGUUAGAGAAGUCCGAGCUUAGCCUUAAGGAUGAUUUGAGUAAGCUUAAGUCACUGACUGUUGCUUUAAUGGAAGAACGAAAAACCCUUCUGGAAAAAAUGAAGUCAGAUGAGAAGAAAAAGGAGGACUUGAAUAACAUGGUCAAAGCUGAGCAGAGCAAAGUUAUGGAGGUGACUGAGAAACUGAUAGAAGAAAGCAAAAAGCUCUUGAAAAUGAAAUCAGAAAUGGAAACCAAAGUAGAGACUCUGAAUAUAGAAAAAGGAGAGCUUAGCACUAAACUAGCUUAUGAAAUUGAUAAAACAAAUGAUCUUAAUAGUAAGGUCAGCCAGAUGAAAAAACGAUUAGACGGACUGGAACAAGCAGAAAAGAUGGCAGCGAAAAACUCAGUCAAAUAUGACCUGGCUAGAUUAUCUGACCAUGUUAAAAGAGAUGACAACAAAGUUAAGGAGUUGACAUUUGAAAUUGAGAGACUGAAAAAUCGCCUCAAACAACUUGAGGUGGUAGAAGGAGAUCUGAUCAAGACAGAAGAUCAGUAUGACAUAUUAGAGAAAAGGUUCAUUACUGAACAGGACAAGGCCAACAUUCUUUCCCAACAGGUGGAGGAAAUGAGGACUCAGAUAGCACGGAACAAAGCAAUUGAGAAAGGAGAAGAGGAAAGCCAGGAAGAGGACCUCCAACAGCGCUGCAAGAGAGAGGAGGCCAAAACCAGGGAAAUGCAAGCUGAUGUUGUCGCCCUCAAGGAAAAAAUCCAUGAACUGAUGCACAAAGAAGACCAACUUUCUCAGCUACAAGUGGAUUAUUCUAUCUUACAGCAAAGGUUCUUGGAAGAGGAGGAGAAAGCCAAGAACAUGGGAACUGAAGUUUUUCAUCUCACCAAAGAACUGGAGAUAGCAAAGCGUCAAAGUCGUGCCCUACGGCCCAGUAUGAAUGGGAGGAGAAUGAUGGAUGUUGCUGUGACGUCCACUGGCGUACAAACAGAGGCAGCAUCCACUGGGGUGGCAGAUGAAGAUACUCCUGCUGUGUUUAUCAGGAAGUCUGUUCAAGAGGAAAAUCACAUCAUGAGCAAUCUUAGGCAGAGGUGCCUGAAGAAACCAACAGAUAAGGCUGGAGCUAUUGAGCGUUCCCCUUCAUCUACUAGUGACCUGGGUUUGAAGAAAUCCUGGAUUCCCUGGAUGAGAAAAAAGGACAGUGCCCCUCAAGAGACCAACCUGGAAAAGCCACUGCACAUUAAUGGAGGUCCAUUGCCCUCUGAGUUAACCAUGACCCAGAAACAGGGUCAGCCUUUACACAUUCGAGUAACCCCAGACCGCCAAAACAAUAUUGCCACCCUUGAAAUUAGCAGCCCUCCUCCUGAGGAUGCUUUCUCUAGUUCAGCUCCCCUCAGUCCAAAUCCAUCACAACCUAAAUCCAGAAUCACAAUCAUUCCCACUCACUCUACUACAACCCACAGAGGAAAGUCUGCUGCUGGCUCUCAUGGCCCUGAAAGAGCCAAGUCUCCAGUGACUAUCACAACUAUAUCCAGAGCCAAGUCUCCUGAAGGCAGUCGAGUUUCCUCCUCUGCCUCAAGCCGAUCUUUAUCCCCUGUGUCUAUUAUGACAGUCAGCACUGCUGUGGUAUCUGAAGCAUCGGCCUCACCAGAACCCCAGGAGAUGACUAUGGGCCGAGCUGUGUUUAAAGUUACCCCUGAGAAGCAGAUGGUCCCAAUGCCGAUAAGGAAAGGCCAUAGCAACACCAGCAUUAUCACCACUACUGAGGAUAACAAGAUCCACAUUCAUUUAGGCAACACUAUCAGUCCAAAGAUGGUAGUCAGGCCAGUAGCUGCUGUGAUGGAGAGCAAGGAAAUGACCUUAUCAACUGGGACAGUCUUACGUUCUCCCCGUCAAAUCACUACCACUACUACCAGGAGCACACAGAGCAAAGUAAUGAGCAGUAUAACCAUUACUCCUGUAACAUCCACCACUUCUAGACCGACACAAAGCAUGACUGGGCAUGAUGCCCAGGCACCUCGCACAGGGCUGACCCGCAUCCCAAUGUCCAAGAGCCUGAAGACGGGAAAAGCUGUGCUGGUCCCUGGGAUUUCUGGUGGUGUAAAGAUGGAGUCACGUGCUGAGAGUCAGUCUAUGAGGAUAGAAGUUAAGAAAUCCACUGUGAAUAGUAAUACUUUUCAAAAUGGAGGGAAGGCCUGAUUAAUAUACCAAUGAAAUAUACCACAAGAUGAGAAUAGCUCUGAUGUGUCUCCAUUUAACUCGACAGUGCAGGGUGUAGAAGACAUCUGUUGUAAAUUCUUAUGUACAUAUUGGACUCAUAUCCAAUUCUGGUGCUUAGAUUAAAAAAAAUAUAUAUAUAUAUAUUCCUUUUCUUUACUGUGUGUACUUUAUUGGUAAUUUGGGCUACAUUUUCCAGACUGUGCUGCUACUAACUGGUUCUAGCUUUGAGUGUUUAUCUCAAAUGUAAUGAGUUUGUUAAUAUAUUUUAUAAGGAAUUUGACACAUAGGUCAAAGUAUUUGUUUUCAUUUAAAUUAUGUAUUUUUCUGUAAAGGAUUUGUACUGAAUUGCAUUUUAAAUAAAGGUCCAUUGAAAUGA